AUGAUUGAGACUUACAGAAAGAUGAAGAAGACCCACGUCACAUUAUUUGGCGCAGAAAGCAUGGGCGAACGGAAGGACAUCCGCAAGGUUCCUAGUCUAAUCGAUUACAAGGCAGGGCAGCUCAGUUAUAUCAUUCAAUAUUUCCACUCCGCAAGGCUUUUGAAGGUGGUUGUGGGCUGCUAUUUUGACAGGGAACACCUCAGCAGACGAUCAUAUAUGUAUAUGCUAUAUCCAUGCUAUAACAUGCAGUGUGAUGAUUAUAUAUAUGGAAUGUACCUGCGGACAAGGAUGCUUUUUUUCUCGUGCAACACCACAAAAGACACGGACUGCCCUCUGAAGCUGCCGGAGAAGGAUGUUCUAUAUUACAAGUCAGACGCAUGGGAUGACGUGCAGCCCAGCAGUCUGGGGAAAGAUGACAAACCCCUGCUCGGAGAUGGUGGACAGCACAGCAAGCUGUAG